AUGAGCGAAAAUUCCAAUAAUACCAAAAUUGUGGCGAAGAAGGCCAAAGCCUACGAAAUUAAAGUCCUCCAACGCUUCGCUCGAGCCAAGAAGUUGUUGGUUCUCGAUCUUGACCACACUCUCUUGCAUGAUAAGUGGGAGGAAUUUGUGCCAGAACAAAGACCUUUUCUGCACCAAUUCCUGGCUAAGGUCGCCAAGUCCUUUAAUUUAAUGAUUUGGAGCGAUUCUCCUUUGGAUAGGAUUUGGAGUGUGUUGGAGGAGCUCGGAAUGGACUCGAACAAGGACUAUGGCAUCAAAGCGAUCCUCUGCAGGAAAGCUGUGGUCAAUAUCAAGAGCGAAGGAGCCUGGGUUAGAUGCAAGCCACUUUCAAUAAUUUGGAACAAGUACCCAUUUUUUGGUCCCCAAAACACAAUCAUCGUAGAUGAUAUAGAAGAAAAUUUUUUUUUGAAUAAAAAAUCUGGAGUGCUGAUUAAAGAGUUUCGGGCUGGCAUGAAGAAAGACGUUGAGCUGCUAAAGCUCGGCAAGUACCUGGUGAAGAUCGCACGGAGAAGCAGUUUUGAGAACAUCGACCACACCAAAUGGGAAUCCAACUGA